GCGCGAUAUCGAGCAGCUAGAAAAAAUAGCCCACAGAGUUCUGCCGACGUCCAGUGUGAACGGAUGUAGAAUCGAGGAAGCUCGUUGCUAAGUCAUUACAGACUCGUCAGUGUCAUAAACCAGAGUACAGUUUUCAGCGUCCAAUCGUUCCAGCGAUCGACAAAGAAAAGACCGAGUAACUCCAAACCACUAAGAAUGGCGAAUGAACAUGCACAAAGACUGCUUUAAUUAUAUGAACACUGUGGUGUCUAGAAAAAUAUUCAGCCGUGGUGUGACCACAGCGAUGCAAUAUAGUAAACUGAAUAACAGAAAACAAGCGUGAAGAAUCCCGGCCCCUAGAAGAAAAUGAAAGGGCAGAGGUCUGCCCACUUGUUACUGCUCUCCUGCGUGGCACUCACGGCUGCAGCUCAUGCUGCCGACAACGGGGAGGGACCCGUCGUACUCACGACGGCCGGCCGUGUGAGGGGAUUCCGUCAGCAGCUAAAUGGCAAAGUUGUCAAUUCGUUCACCGGCAUUCGGUAUGGCAAGGCCCCAGUCGGAGCCCUUCGUUUCCGGGAGCCGCAGCCCGCGGAGCCGUGGACUGAUGUUGCGGAUGCCACCCGACCGGCUCCAGUAUGCAUCCAGGUCGACACUAAUCGAAGGCUGUCGAGAGUGCAGGGCAUUAAAGUACAGACUGAGGACUGUUUGUUCCUAAACGUCUGGAGCCCGACAAGAAACAACAGUGCUUCGGACCUAGCAGUUAUGGUGUGGAUCCACGGUGGCGGAUAUCGUUUUGGCUCGUCUUCUCUUAGCAUAUAUGACGGUGCACUUCUGGCAGCUUACGGCGAUGUCGUAGUUGUUUCGAUGAAUUAUAGACUGGGAGCCUUGGGGUUCUUGUACGGAGGCACGGAACACGUCCCUGGAAAUCAGGGACAUCUGGAUCAGUUGCUUGCAUUGCGUUGGGUAAAGGACAACAUAGCUGCUUUCGGAGGAGAUCAGGGGAGAGUUACACUUUUUGGUGAAAGCGCAGGGUCGAUGUCCGUAGAUUUCCACCUGUCGUCACCGGUCUCUGGAGCCCUUUUUCAAAGGGCUAUUAUGCAAAGCGGAGCUAUGUGCACUCAUUCGGAUCGCGCCAGUGACCCGCGGCUACUCACGAAAGUAAAAAAGAUGGCAAUGUAUCUUAACUGCACGAAUUCAUCUGAACCCGAAACUGGUCUGCCAGAGAAUGUCAUUGAGUGCUUGCGACGGGCAGAUCCCUUGCAUAUUAGAGUAGCAGAAGGGUUGGUUUGUCCCGAUACGCUGUGCUUCGUGACGGUCUUUGGUGUGCCCUCCCUACAGAAUGAACCCUGUAGAGCAGAGUAUCAAGGAAAUAAGGAUAUACUAAUUGGUCACGUGGUUAACGAAGGUGGAUUGUUUGCCAGCCGAUCCUUUCCCGCGGUGUUCCAUGCUGGCUCGCCGAAGAAUUUGACAAAAAUUGAGAUUCUCCUUUUACUGGCGCCUUUGCUCUCGCCUCCGAGUCCCCAGCUUUUAGACGAGCUUCAUAACAUUUAUACACGAGACCUGGGGAACACAGACUAUGAGAAACUGAGACGAGCGGUUCAGGAUGCUUGGGGCGACAAGGUCAUAACAUGUUCAUCAAAAGAAGCUUCAAUGAGGUUAGCAAGUAAUACAGAUUAUUCAGUCUUCUAUUACAUACUAAACCACACGUCUUCGAGUUCGCCCAAGAAACCCUGGUACGGCAUGGCGCACGUCGAAGACGUUCUGUACGUCUUUGGAAGACCAGUUGCGGAAAAGGCGUCUUCCGAGGACCAGAACUACAGCAAAAAAUUGAUGGGAUUGUGGACUUCAUUCGCUAAGCAUGGAAAGAACCAUCUCGUGGAGGCUUACCAAUGGCCCCAGCUUCUGCCUGGUAACCUUGCUGCCUUGAAGAUCACCAGCAGAGAGCCAGAGCAGACACUGCUCAAUAUUGGACACCGCUGCCGGUUCUGGAAUCGAUUGCAUCGCAGCCAUGUUGAUUCCGCGUAAAGUUUGACAGACAUG